UCCACGGUCUUUACGCACAGUGCGCAUGGAGAGCUGUGGACUACGCACCGUCUGGAUCUGUCACUGAAUCGGCCCUGCGUUACGUCAGAAAGUGCAGGGCAAGCAGGACGCACUCACAGGAGCUAUUCAGAGGCAGUGCUGCCAAACCCGGGGCUGCUCUCAGCUCACUGCAGCCAAUGCAGCAUACAAACACAAUUCAUCUCAAACUGCAGCAGUAUGUGGUCACUGGCACUGUUGCGCAAAAGAAUCCAAAAGUUUAAGCGGUAUAAAGUGUAGUGUUUUAUCUCCAGAGCCUCACAGUGAAACACACCAUGGCAUGAUGAUGAUGAAGCUGCACAUUUCUACACUUUUUUUUAGUAUUUUGUGAUUUUUUUUUUUGCUGAUCUCAAAGUCAACAUGCCCCACGCUCGAAAUAGGAACCCCAGCCCCAUCCCAGAGGUGACAUGGGACACGGGACUCAAGGAGAUGAACGAGACCUGGAAAGGGGCGAUCGCCUGCCUCGGGGUGGCCGUGUUCUUCGUGAUGACCAUAGGGAUCAUUUACUGGCAAGUGGUGGACCAGCCCAACAAGAACUGGAUCCUCCGGGGGACUUUGAGCGGACUCAUCUGGGAGAGGAGGACCCACUCUCUGGUCAUUCAAACGCUCAACGAGGACACCACGUACGUCGAGAUAGACGUGGGCAACGUGGGGAACCCGGACGUGGAGGUUCCGUUCGUGAGGAAUCUCUGCUGGCUCAAUAAGACUGAGUUCUGCUACACGUGGGACUCAGUGGCAGAGGUGAAGAUCUCGCUGGAAGUGAACGAGGAGACAGAGAGUGAGUGCUACAGCAUGAGCUGGACCCCAGUGCACUGCCAUGUGCAGCUCAAGGACUGUUUUUCCAUGGCCAACGUGUCGUGGUACGGUGGAGCCAGUGUGAAAGGGCAAACUUGGCCCAUCAACGACCAGAAUGCAACUAUGCAGCCUUUCAUUGUGAGUGAUUUGAGGCACAACCCGUCUGGCUUUGGAUCCGUCCUUGAACGCUACUUUCUGGGAUCGUCGGGUGUUGCCUUGUUGGUGUCUCCUGAGAUUCCCAUACAGAUGGGCCUGGACAGUGGGGAGCAGAUCUGCCUACAGUCACUGCCUAGUAUGGAGCGUCUGCCUCUGCAGUACACGGUGUGUGUGGGCCACAAUGUGAAGGCAGCUCAUCUCGAGGCUAUGCAACAACUGUCCCUUCACAGCAGGGAGCUGCCCAACAUGAAAACCAUGAGGCUGCCAUUUUGGAAGCUGCUGACUUCUGUAGACUCAGGGCCGAAGGUGGAGAGGGAGCUGAGGAUCUUCUCCAACCGUCUGAGGAGACACCAGCUGGGGGAGGGCGUCAUCAGCCUGAAUGAACAUUCCACCACCCUCCUCUAUGAUAUGGACCAUGACUACCUCAACAGCAGGAGAAGGGGGAUGUCUAAGCGACUGACCAGGGACUUCCCUCUUGUCAAGCUUCUUAACAUUUCCAUCACCCUGUCCCCUUUCCUGGGCGUGGACUCCACGCAAUUCCACAGUUCCCUCGUCGAUGGUACUGAGACCUACUGGCUCAGCGUGCCCUCGAAUCCUCAAGGACAAAUGGUCCCCAUAUUAAGUCAGUGGCAUGGGAGGUUCUGUGUUAAGCUGAACCUGACCAACCCGGCGGCUGUGAGCUGGUUCCUGGACAGAGUGGGCUCUCUGCAGGCUCUUCUGGGGAUGGAGUACAUCUUGCUGGAGGGAGCGGAGGGGAGCGCACUGGAGGAACAGGCUCUGCGGACACAGUCUCUCUCUGGAGACCGAUACAUCAGUCUACUGGCCGACCUGGCAUCGAGAAUAGAAAACACCAUCGUGACAGCAGGAACACAGUCGAGCCACAAGCCUCUGUUCGUCCGGAUGCCCCCCCUGCAGUCAGACUGGAGCUCGAUGGGGCUGAAGGGCAUCAUUCCCUCCCUGCUGCACCACACUCUAAUGGGAUACAACUUCCUCAUUCCUGAUGCAGUAGGCGGCUCUCUGUCUGAAGACCCGGUCACAGAUGAGGAGUUGUUCAUCCGAUGGCUGGAAAUCGUGGCCUUUCUCCCAGUGAUCAGCUUCCACACCCCGCCGUGGGUCUGCGGGGAGGACCGGGUGUUGAACAUAACUCGCCGGUACAUAGCUCGACACCAGAAGACUGUGGUCCCGCUCAUAGAGACGUACGCAGAGGAGUGGCAGCUGACAGGACGUCCCAUUUUCCGCCCCAUGUGGUGGCUGAGCCCCGAUGACCCCAUGACUUUCACCAUCGAUGAUCAGUUCCUCAUCGGAGAUGAGGUCCUGGUAGCACCAGUGGUGGAGAGAGGAGCUGUGCACAGGGAUAUUUACUUACCUGACGGGGGCUUCCAGUGGCAGGACAGCCUGACAGCACAGGUGUUCGAUGGUGGGACGCUCCUACUGGACUAUCCCGUGGCCUUGGAGGAAGUGGCCGUUUUCUUAAGAAGGAGCUGAGUCUGAGGCCUGACGCUGUACUUUAUACAAAUCCUUUUCAAAUACUUGUGCUGUUCUCGGUCUGCACUUUUCCACUUAGGACCCAGUCUCGAGCCUGAGACGUGUAGAAACUAAUUUUUUAUACUUGCACUUUAUAGAUUCAAAUAAUUGUAUUUUUUAAAAGACAUUUUAAUCAAUUUUACCUCUGGCUGAUUUUGUUUCCCAGUAUUUUUUUUGCUUCUUUUGUAAGGCUGAUGCAUUUCUACGGUCUAAUUUUUAUGCUGCUGGCUCACUUGACAAGAAGAAACAAAACAAGCCCCGUGCUUAAAAUCUGAAUCUUUCAACAAGACCAAAUGAAGAUGGACGGAGGACGGCUAAAAGUGCUUAAACAGGAGGAAAUGAGCUCACAGACAAACCUGCACAUUGGUACCAUACGCCUUACCAUAAACCAUGCUUUUACUUGAACCAGGCCAUUACGGCUGAUGAUUUUGAAUGUACCUCAAGUAACUUACUACUUACCAAGUCACAUGACAAUCUUACAGCCCAUAGCACUUAUUCAUACUCGUGUAUGUAUUUUAAACAUACACUUGUUUGACACUUGUCUUUUAGUACUGUAGGCCAGAACGUGAGGCCCCUGACGAUGCAAAUCCUGUGCCUAUUAAACUAAGUAUCGAGCCUCUUACCGUUUUAUGAACCUGCUGUAGUGAGGGCUUUAGUUGGACGCUUAGUGUGGAUUUAUUUAUACGCCAGUAAAAUGGUAUAAAAUUACAAUUUUAAAGUCUUUAUGUCAGAACUCAUCCCAGACCACAGCCAGUGCAAAAUACAGAGUAAAGGAACUAAGAAAUAAAUACAUUAUUUUCUUAAGUUUAAAUGGACUAACACAAAGUAUAUAAGAUUUAUAAUAUUACAAGAAAUAAUUCAAAAUCAUCAAGCUUUUGGAUAGACAGUCUUUACCAGCACCGUGACACACAGAAGUGUGACUCUUCCACCUACAUGAAGUUUACUGUGUCUUUUCUCUCAGGUUGUGACACUUACAUCACUCGAUGUCUUAGCGCGGCGCCGUACAAACACAAACGUCUUAAUGUGUCUUAGAAUGUGCAAUGUUGAAUGUACAUCGGAGAAACUGUGAUUUUGUUUUGCCCAACGCUUUAAUGGAGUGCUGUGGGAUGUUCUGCAGACAAAGGCUUUGUUUUAUUAUUCCACCCAGCUCCAAACGCCUUAACGUGCUACUUCUGGACAGAGGAAGUGUCAGAAUUAUUGCAGUGUUAGCAAUGUACGACAUAUUACAAUGACUGUGCCAUUACAAGUAUUUUCUCUUCUGUAAAUCAGAACUUAGAACAACAAAGUUGCAAUAAAGUUUACAUUUUCUUACUUCA